GCCGCCGCCGCCGCUCCCGCGCCUCCAUUCGGCUCCGCCGCCGCCCGCCGAGGAGGGGACAGCGACAGCCGGGAGCACGGGAGAGGGACGGACCCUCCCCCGCCGCCAACCCGCUUCCUCCUCCUUCUCCUCCACCUCCUCCCCCGCCUCCGCCUCCGCCUCCCGGCCGGGAAGAGCUCGCCGUGCCCGCUGCAGCCCCGCUGGAUGCACUGAGCGCUCGGGCGCGGGGAGAGAGGGGCAGGAGGGAGCCGGGAGCCCCGCCGCGGAGGCGCUGCGCUACCCGGAGCCUUACGGCCAUUUGCUUUAAUUCUUUUAUUGCCCCCCGGCCGCCUCCUCCUCUCUGCCCGCAGGAGCCAGCCGAGGCGGCGGGGGCUGCAUCCCCCCUCCCCCCCUUUUUUUUUUUUUUUUAAUUUUUUUUUUUUUUAAAUUGUCAUCGCCGCCAUGGGAUGUACCCUGAGUGCUGAGGAAAGAGCCGCCCUGGAGCGGAGCAAGGCCAUCGAGAAGAACCUGAAGGAGGACGGGAUCAGCGCGGCCAAAGACGUGAAACUCCUCCUGCUCGGAGCCGGAGAGUCGGGAAAAAGCACCAUCGUGAAGCAAAUGAAGAUCAUCCAUGAGGAUGGCUUCUCUGGAGAAGACGUGAAGCAGUACAAGCCAGUGGUCUACAGCAACACUAUACAGUCCCUGGCAGCUAUUGUCCGUGCCAUGGAUACCCUGGGCAUUGAGUACGGGGACAAGGAGCGACGGGCUGAUGCCAAGAUGGUCUGUGAUGUCGUAAGUCGGAUGGAGGACACAGAGCCCUUCUCCCCAGAGCUGCUGUCAGCUAUGAUGAGGCUCUGGGCAGACUCUGGGAUCCAAGAAUGCUUCAAUCGGUCCCGGGAAUAUCAACUUAACGACUCAGCCCAAUACUACCUAGACAGCUUAGAUCGAAUUGGAGCUGCAGACUACCAGCCCACGGAGCAGGAUAUCCUCCGAACCAGGGUCAAAACAACUGGCAUCGUAGAAACCCAUUUCACAUUCAAAAACCUCCACUUCAGGCUCUUCGAUGUCGGGGGCCAGCGGUCAGAACGCAAGAAGUGGAUCCACUGCUUCGAGGACGUCACAGCGAUCAUCUUCUGUGUGGCGCUGAGCGGCUACGACCAGGUGCUCCAUGAAGACGAAACCACGAACCGCAUGCACGAAUCUCUGAAGCUUUUUGACAGCAUCUGCAACAACAAAUGGUUCACAGAUACAUCUAUCAUCCUGUUUCUAAACAAGAAGGACAUAUUUGAGGAGAAAAUUAAGAAAUCUCCGCUGAGUAUCUGCUUUCCUGAGUACACAGGCCCCAACGCUUUCACGGAGGCGGUGGCGUACAUCCAGACUCAGUACGAGAGCAAGAACAAGUCUGCCAACAAGGAGAUCUACACUCACAUCACCUGCGCCACCGACACCAACAACAUCCAGUUCGUGUUCGACGCUGUCACGGAUGUCAUCAUCGCCAACAACCUGCGGGGCUGUGGACUCUACUGAAGCUCCCUCCUCGCUCCUCUCCUGGCACUGCCCGGAGCAUCCUCCGGGGCCGCGGACAGGUCCUCCCUUUCCUUGUUUUUUCCUCCUCAGAAGAUGACAAGGAAGAAAUACAUAAUUCCCUCCUCCUGUCCCAGAAAACUCUGCAGCAAGUUCUGCUUUCCCCAGAUCCAUUUUAUUUUAUUUUGGCUCAUUUUUGGUUCAUUCCCUCGCUGCCCCGUUCUACUCCUCCGUUCCAAUUCACAGUGUUGUGCAGGGAGCUAACGCAUUUCCCACAAAGUGCAUUUCAACUGCCAAAAGACAAAAAUACUUCAGUUUUAAAGAGAGAAAAAAAUCAAAGCCUUAAAAUACUGGUCAGGAACAGUGUAGUUUGGAACCAAAACUUUUUUUCUGCUUGAAAAUUAAGGGAUAUUGUUCACUCUCCUGGUUAUUUUUUUUUUUAACACUAUUCCUUUGGGAAGUGCUAAAUACAACCUGAUCAUUUUGAGGGCACCUUGCAGCUCCAGUUCUGACCCCAAAGCUGGAGGGUUUGGUGUUGAAUGCAGCCACCAUAGCUUGUACUUGUACAUUCUCCUUUUUCCAGCUAUUUGAACAAGUAAAACAGCCAUACUGAGUUCUGCUGGUGUCUGAGUAACAGGGACACAGUAACAAAGCCUACUAAGCCUUGUCUAAAAGCAUUCAUUACUGGUAGCAGUUUUACCUCAAGUUUUUCAAAAUUAAUGAUGAAAUUUAUCUAGUGGUUGCUGUAACCCAUUUCUGAGGCACUUCCAAGGAGGCCAUGGAGGCACUGGGCUGGGACCCCUGGAGUGCAGGCAGUGAAGAUGCCCUGGGAAUGGUGUCCUGAUGGAGACUCCACACUCAGUGGCAUCCUGACAAGGAACCCAGCCUGGGGACCUUUCCCACAGCACCUCCCAGCCUUAGUGAUUCAGCAGAGGUGAUGCUGCUGCACACAAGCAGCAUCACUUUCCAAAUUUCAGCCUUGAAAUGCUGGGGUACAUUAAAAAUAUUUAGCCCUGGCCUCUUGUAGGCAGAGUCUGACCUUCAAGUGCCUGAAAUGGGAAAAGGUGCUUUGAGAAACCUCCCUGUGCUUGGUAGCAGCAAAGUGUGCAAGAACCUCGUGGCCCUUCAUUGCCCCUUGGGCAUUUAAACCCCGUGAGAAGCCAACCUUGUGCUCUGAGCCUCCUUGGCUGAGCACAAGCCAGUGCCACCUCCUGCCUGAGCAUCCCAGAGACACAGCUCCAGGACUGGUGUCUCCAGUCAGGGCAUCUCUUUACCUGUACCUAUAUUGAGAUGGAUGGUUAACACCAGCAAAGGAGAGCUCAGGGAGCUGAUUUGAGUCAAGUGAUGGAGUAGGAAAGAAAAGUGCGAGGAAAGGAAGAAGUAAAGGCAGGGGAGAGGAGUGGGAAGGAUGAGGGUAGCACCCAGCACAGCAAAACUGGGGGCUCAGAGAGGACACAUGGAGGUGGGCUGAGGUGUGUGUGGCCACCACCAAGAACUCUGGGUGCUGCUGAGUUGAAGGCAGGAGGGAAUGUGAGAGGUGGGGUGUCACCUCUGAGGGACUCUUAGAAGUCCACCCCAAAAUCUUCUUUGCUGUCUGGGUGAGGCAACCACCUCUGAGGUCCCACUCAGGGCCCACCUCACCUGGGCAAUGUUAACCCUGCCUCUUCUCUGCCUCUCUUAGAAAUCCAUUAUCUUGAAAAACGUGAAUCUUUGCAGGCUGGCCACAAGUUCAACUGUCCUCUCUUGGGGGCAUGAUCUAGGAGUGGCUUUCAGGUCUCAGGAGGUCUCUUCAGGGCUGUGGUUGGAGGGACAAUAUCCCUUCUCACUGUGCCCCUUUAGGAGAGAUGGUGUGAGAGCAGCCCAGAGCAGCACAGCCCAGAGGGCAGGGGCCAGGUGAGCAUCAGUGUGCAGGAGGCAGGGACAGAGCACAUCUGGUGGCACAGGAGGGAGAGGACAGUGGGAGAGGCUUAGGGAACGUUUUGGGAGAGAAGCUGCAGAAGGGAGAGGAGGCAGAUUGAGACAGCAGGGAGGAUGGGAAGAGAAGGGCACCUGGGAGCCAGAGGAGAGUCCCCAUCAGGGGCUGUGCUCUGCCAGGACAUUGUUUGUGGGACAUUUGUGACAAAUGCCCAGCCAGGGAUGUGAGCACCCUGAGGCAAGCAGGGAAGGCCUGCAGAGGAAAUGGAGGUGUCUGUCACCCAUCCAAGCAGCCACAGCCCAGCACCAGUACCAGUACCAGGCUGGUAACUGUCAGUAACCCCAGAGAGCAUUAAAUGAUGCAUUUGCUAUUGCACAGCCAGGACCUGCUGCUGCUCUGCUGGGCACUAACAGCAAUAACACAACUCCCUGCCUCCCCUGCUCUGGCACAAGCCAGCAGCCACCUUUCUCUUUACCAUCUCAGCCUUAAAAUGCCUCCAAUGACAUUGGCUGCUGCAAAGAGCUGGCCAGCAAAACCAGGAGCUCCUCAUGCCACAGCCCACCCACACGUGUCUGAGCCCCAGCAGCAGCACCCAGCAUCCACGUGGGUGCUGUGUCAAACCCAGGGCAGAAAAUCCACACAUUGGCUACUUCACCUUGGUAACCACUGGACCCAGAGUAGAUGGCUGGUGCUGGUGCUGGCAGGGAUGCAGGUCUUUUAUUAAGCUCUGUAAGAAAACUUUGAUCAGAAGCACUGGAGUUUUGGAGAUUUUCUCUUCCCACUCCUUCCCUUGCUGUGAAUGAUGUUUUAUCCAAGCAAAUAAGUAACAGAAGCUGUUCCCAGGGAAGGUAGCACCACACCAAGGCUUUGUGAGCUCCCAGCAUAAAGCACACAAGAAUAUUUUGGGUAAAAACAAUUUAAAUUAACUCAUCUCCAAACUGCCAAAUGCAGUCAAGUGGCCAGUGCUGGGUCAGCGCACUUUACCACUCUCCAGGCUGGAUUAAGGCAACCCAUUCCCAGCUUUGCCAGCUGGGAGGUCAAAGCCCCCUCUGCAGCUUCAGCAGGUCCCUGGCACGCUGGUGACCAUCAACAGCUCCCAUGGGGAGAAAAAGCAGAGGAAAUGUUGCCCCACAGAGCCUCUUCUUUCAUUUUCUUUGGCAUAUUGUGUGUCUAAAGCUUCAUCUCAGCUGCUGCUGCUGACAUUCCCUCCCUCACACGAGUGUCAUGAGGAUUCAGUGACAAAUGCUGGAAACAGCCUUUGGAAGAUGAAAUGCUUCCAGAGUUGAACACUACUAUUUCUCCCACUUGAUGGCCAUGUAUAGAUUUGUGUCUCCAGAACUCCUGCCAAAUUAUUACUCACUGCUGGCUUCUGCAUCCUCCAAAGCCCUUCCUGACAGAUGUGCCUUCCACAAGCAAUCUUUUGCCCUGUGCUUUUUCUAAACACCAGCAAUUCUUGCAGCAGUUGCCUAAAAAUUACCUUGAAAUACAUUGCCUGCUUUCAAAAGCCUUUUCUGAACAGCCCCUUAUGCUUUGCAAUUGCCACACUCUGAAUCCAGACCCUUGGAGAUCCAGAGCUGUGUUUCAUUUGCAGUCUCCACAUAGCAGGGAUAUUGCAACUGGUACAGCUGCAUCAGAAAUCCUACCAGGGCAUGGAGGAUAGAUUUUAAAAGCACAAAAUUGAAACAGCUAUGUAUACAACCUACUGCCCUUCAAAGCUAAUGUGGAAAUUUGGGGGGGGGAAAGUCCUUUCUUGGGAUGCAGAAGGUUUUUAACGACUCAGGUCGCUGUUCCAGCAACAGAAGCAUCCGAAGGGGGGUCAGCACUGGAAGCAGCAUUAGCAACUCAUGAUGAGCUUCAGACAGCAGCAAAACGAAACAAGGAAGCUCCCUGUCGGCUUGCUUCGUAGUCAAUGAGAGGGUUGGUUGUGCAGCCGUGAGACCACAAAAAUGCAAAUAGCUUCUUUAUUUAAGCAACAAUUCCAAUGAAGCAGAGCAAGCCGUACAGGCGAAGCCUUGCAGCGCUGCCGGGCUGAGCUGCAGAGGGUUGGGAGGAUGCGGUAGCUGGGCUGGCUGGGAGAAGGAGCAAUAACCACGCACUGACACACAGCCCCAGAGUGGCACAGGCAGUUUUCAGUCUCGCAUACAGAAGUGGCACAGGGUCUGGCUCUCACGGGGGGCCGGAGGAGCGGCCAUCUGGUGCUGCCGGCUGCGGAGCAUCCCCGCUGCCUGCCCUCCAACACUUCCAAACACAGCUAUCUCUCUCAGGGGCUCUGUGCCGGAAUUAGCUGCUUGCCUUCAGCCAGCUUUCCUGGAUGGCUGGCCGGCUUUUCCCUCCAUGGAGGGGAGAGCAGCCUCAGGAGGAGCCCGCCGUGCCUCCUCUCUUGAUGUGAUUUUGUUUCACAGGACACUAAGGGUAUUAAUGAGGGCAGUCUUUAAUGUAUGUUAAAACAUAUCUGGUGGGUUAAAUCUGUCAUGGCAUGAGCCCAGUGCUUGUCUGCAAGGGAACAGACCUUGUUCUCAGUCCAGGAGUGCAAUCUCCAAGAGGUCAGGAUGUGAUGUAGAAGAUGUCCUUUUGCCAGAAGGUCCCCGUGUGCCCAGCCUCACUGUGCAGCUCAACAAGGCAGAAUCACCUCUGGGGGAUUUGCAGUCAGUGCUGGGAAAGGGACCAACCCUGCACUGUUAGCUUGUGUGACAUGUCCCAAGUUUUUUGUGGUCACAAAGUCUCCUGGCACCAGGGAGAGUUGCUGAGUUCCUGGGAAGAAGGCUGACCAUCAGUCAAGUCAGUUAGAGAAGCUUAGCUCCAGUGUGCUUGGGGGUUUUCAUUGUUUGUCUUCAGGCUUACCACCAAAAACGGAACCAUUUCCAAGGAGACUAAAGCACUCAUUAGUGAUCUGGCACUGGACAUGUCAAGGUCAGUGGAAAUGGUGUUACUGAGCAUCACCCUGAGCACCCAGACCCAUCACUCACUCACAUCCCCAGUGCACACAUGAGAAAGCAGAGACGUGGUCCAAGUGGCACAAAAAUGCAGACCAUGGUCUUGCCUCUACCUCCCUGCAGGAAAGAGCAGGCAAACACACCCUGAGGCUCCUGGGACUUGAGGGCACCGUGUCAUUUCUCAGCUCCAGCACUGGCACCAGAUAAUUGAUGCUGACAGAUAUAGGUACAUGACCUAUAUAGUUAUACUGAAAAUGUGGCUAUGAGAAGAGACUUUGCAUAGGAGCACUCAUGCCCCAACCAGCAGCCUGUGAGAUCUUUGUUUGUGUGCAAACACAAGCAAGUGCAACCCUUAAACACCAAUGCCUUAGUGAGAGGAGGACCAAAGGCUCCAGCUGGCACCCUGCAGGCAGAGAGAAAGGGAGCUGGAUCCAAGAAACAGCCCCAUCUCCCCAAGAGGGCAGCUCUGUUCGUGGACACAGGGCAGUAGGCACAGGGAGGAGAGACCAGGAGCAGAGGUAGAGGGGCUGGGAGCUGGCUGGAUCCUCACUGCCCCAGCCCCUCUUCCACCCAGUGUCUUGGAAAUUCAGCCCCAGUCCUGACUGUAGAGCAGGCAAACAGUUCCAGAGCUAAAGCCAUUGCCCCAGGUGGGGAGAAGAUAUCAUGGCAGGUAAAACACCAUUUUCAGCAGUGCCUGGGUCUCACCAGCUUUUCCAGUGCUGGACCAACCUGGUGGUGCUGGGCAAGCAGAUAGGGUUGCUUAAGCAUCAACCACGGCCCUGUUAAUUAGCCCAGUUCCUCAUUUGUGCUCCUCAGCCCUAUUCCCCCACCUCCUUUUCCCCACUUGAGCUCGACAAGGGAAGAGUGACCAUCACCCUGCCUCUGGGCUCCCUGCUCCCAUCACAUUUCCCAAAGGAUCGCCGGAGGCCGUCACCAUUUUCCUUUCGCUGGUUUCCUGCUGAAUCAUUUCUCCUGCAUGUUUGAUGGCCCAAACUGUAUUAACUGUAAUUUUGUACGAAGAGUGACUGUCCAUUGGUUUAAUAGAGCGUUAGUUAUUGUAAUAAUUUAUUGGCUGUUGGUAAUGUAUUUAUUAGUUACAAAAUGUUAAUAAAGUGCCAGCUCUUUUCUAGUGUGA